AUGACGUUAUACAAAGGAUAUCUCAUCGACGAUGAAGGAGAAGUACCUGUCAAGGAAAAAGAAAUCGAAAGUUUCAAAUCCUCAGAUCAACAAGUAGAUGAAGUAGAAGUACAUUCAGGAGAGGUAGACAAUAUAAAAUUACAGAGAAAUCUUAAAGAUAGACAUAUAUCUUUAAUAGCUCUUGGAUCGAUUAUUGGUCCUACUAUCCUUGUGGGUGCCUCUCUUGCCUUAAGUCAAGGAGGUCCUGCUUCCCUUAUUAUUGGGUUUGGGGUUAUAGGUAUUAUUUGUUUUAUCAUGAUGCAAAGUUUAGGUGAAUUGGCUACUUUAUACCCUACUGGUGGUACAUUCUCCACUUUAGGUAAUAAAUUCGUUGAUAAAGGUUAUGGUUUAACAGUGGGAUGGUGUUAUGUAAUUAUUUGGAUUGCUGUUUUAGCAAAUGAAUAUAAUACCGUGGCUGCUAUUUUACAAUUUUGGAGUGGUGAAAAAGUACCAUUAUAUGGAUAUAUUUUAAUAUUUUGGUUUGUCUUUUUAGGAUUUCAAUUCUUAGGAGUUGGAGCAUUUGGUGAAGUUGAAUUUUGGUUAACUAUAUUGAAAAUUUCCGGUUUAGUGGCAUUUUAUAUAUUUUCAAUUGUUUAUGUUGCUGGUGGUAUAAAAAAUACUCCAAAAUUUGGAUUCCAUUAUUGGAAUGAUCCUGGAGCAUUUGCAACUGGAUUUAAAGGAGUGGCUAAUACGUUUGUAUUUGCCAGUACUUUCUAUAGUGGAACUGAAAUUGUUGCUCUUACUGCUACUGAAUCUUCAAAUCCUGCUCGUGCUAUUCCAAGAGCUAUUAGACAAACUUUCUUUAGAAUCAUUGUUAUUUAUAUGGGAAUUGCUGUAUCUUAUGGAAUGACAGUACCAUAUAAUGAUCCAAAUUUAUCAGCUGGAACCAAAACUUUAAAAUCUCCCAUGUCAAUUGCUAUCAGAAGAGCUGGUUGGGAUGGUGGAGUUCAUUUAGUUAAUACAUUCAUUUUAGUCACUUGUAUUUCCGCCAUUAACGGAUCUAUCUAUAUUGGAUCCAGAACCAUUGUGAAUUUAGCUAAUGAAGGUGGAGCACCAAAAUUCUUUAGAAACGUUAAUAAACGAGGUGUACCAUACUUUGCAGUUAUCUUGAUGAAUUUAUUUGGAUUAUUAUCAUUAAUGAAUAUUAGUACUGCCAUGAAAUUACAAGGUAGAUCAUUAGAUGAAUUGAAAUAUAAAGGAUGGGGAUAUCCAUGGUUACCAAUUAUCGGAAUUGGAUUAAAUAUUUUCUUAGGAUUAAUUCAAGGUUGGUCAUAUUUUAAACCAUUUGAUUGGAGAAAUUUCGUUGAUGCUUAUGUUUUAAUUCCAUUUUUUAUUUUCAGUUACUUAUUUUUUAAAUUGAUUCACAGGAGUAAAUGGGUUGACCUUUCCCAAGUCGAUUUAGAUGAAGGAAGAAGAGAAGAUUUGGUAAAACAGUGA